CAUUGGCCGCGGGGCGGGGCUGGCGCGCAGUCGGCGGCGGCCAUGGCUCCGAGCGCGCAGCCGGGCGAUAGCCGCGGGCAGGCCUCGGGUCCGGGGCUCCGCCGGGGCAUCCGCGCGGUGCUGCUGGGCCCGCCCGGCGCGGGGAAGGGCACUCAGGCCCCGAAGCUGGCAGAGACCUACUGCGUGUGCCACCUAGCAACCGGCGACAUGCUGCGGGCCAUGGUGGCCUCGGGCUCCGACCUGGGCAAGCGCCUCAAGGAGACGAUGGACGCCGGGAAGCUGGUGAGUGAUGAGAUGGUGGUGGAGCUGAUCGAGAACAACCUGGACUCCCCUCCCUGCAAGAACGGCUUCCUCCUGGACGGCUUCCCGCGCACGGUGAAGCAGGCGGAAAUGCUGGAUGAGCUCCUGGACAAGAGGAGAGAGAAGCUGGACUCAGUCAUCGAGUUCAGCAUUCCUGACUCCUUGCUGAUCCGGAGAAUCACCGGACGGCUGAUUCACCCAGCGAGCGGCCGCUCUUAUCACGAGGAGUUCAGACCCCCGAAAGAGCACAUGAAGGACGAUGUCACUGGAGAGCCCCUGAUCCGCCGCUCAGAUGAUAAUGAAACAGCCCUGAGGACGCGCCUGAAGGCCUAUCACACCCAGACCUCCCCCCUGGUGUCCUACUACAGCAAGCGUGGGAUCCACACGGCCGUGGAUGCCUCCCAGUCUCCUGACGUGGUGUUUGCCAGCAUCCUGGCAGCCUUCUCAAAAGCGACAUCUGAGUGACUCCACGAAGCAGAUGAGACACCACCACACGCUGCACACUGCUACAACACCCAUUGCAGCAGGGAAGGGGGGGUAUGACUGAUGGGAGGGGAGGGAAGGAGGUGGUAGACAAGGGGCUUGGGGGCUGAUUUGGUUGGCUUUUGGUUGGAUUCCUUAUUCAGCACAAUCCUUGUGAAGAGGAGAUGGGCUUCUCCUUCAAAUCACUGACUGGGGAGGGAAAACCAUGGCACAGGGUGAAGCAUCCCCAGCAAAGACCAGGUCCCUGGCCUGUGAGGAGGGGAGAGGUAGAUGCUGUCCCAGGCUUCUCUCCUUGAGGCCACUGCUGUGAUUUCCUAUCAGCGAGGACCAAACUGAGCAAAUGACUCAUGGAAAGGCCAAGGGGAAAACAAAAGGUGCCAGGUCUUUUCCUGGAAGUUUUGUUCCUGUUCUGCUGCAUUCCUGAGCCCUGGCACAGGGACUGCUCUGGGCUGAGCAGAGGGGCUGUGGCUCUGUGCCUGCCUUGGCAAUGGGGUGGCUUCACUGUGACCAAGCUGGAAUUCUCACAAUGCUGGAGAAAUGCAAAAGAGCCUUUUUUCUUCCUGGGAUGAUUGCAGAGCUAACACUGAGUGGGGCUGGUUUUGCAUUUCUUUUGAGCUCAAAUGGUGCCUUUGUCUAACCUCUGAAUCAAUAAAAACCCCUUUACAUUUUU